CAAAACGGCUAGUUUUUCCUGAGGCAAGCAGGGUGAGAAUAUCAGUCCUGUUACACCUGAUUAUAUUUACAAACUAUAAACAGACCAGAAGCCCCUGGGUGCUACAAUAAUAAAACUUCAAGACACAAGUUUAAAAAGAAAAUCCCCAGCAGUGAUAAUAAAAUUGACUUUUAAUGAAGAUGUUUUAUGCUUUGGCCACUUAUUUCACUGCUUUCAUUUUCUUGGGGGGGUCUGGAAAACACUUCAAGCAGACCUGUUUAUCUAACCGCUGCCUGCACCAGAACAUUUCCUGAAAUACUGCUGCCCCACUUUUCAAUUUAAUAAAUUCCUGCAGCCCACAUGGCCAAAACUAAUCUUGGACGUUUUGUGAAUCCUAGAUUUAUUUUAAUGAAAUGCUCAGUUCUGCAAAUGUAAUGGUUUUCACUGUUUGGUUUACUUAUAAUCUCUAUUUCAUGGUUAUUCUCUAUUCAGACAGUUCAAUCAUCAUAAAAUAAGUGCGAAUAUAUCUGAAUACUGUUUUUUUGCGUUCCUUACAGCGAAGGCUUUUCACUGAACUCCAUUCGGUGGAGUGCAAGAAAUUUCCCUCAGUUCAAUACUGCCCUCUGCUGGGUAAACAGGAACUAUAUUCCCUUUUUUCUUUUUCAAAACCAAUGGCUUCAGUGAAAGAAUGCGCGACUUACUGUACAUGUAGAUUUACCUAUGUUUUUAAUUAAUCAUUGUUCAUUGACAUAGAAACUGCAUAGAAAUAGAGACAAAAAAAUUGAUAACAGUGUGUACUCGAGAGGACAACUGACUGACCUGUAUGUUGAUAACAUUUGUGAUUCUUGCAAACGAGAGUGUCUAAUGAUCGCUUUGUAUUACGGCCCAGUGACUGACAACAAGUGCUAUACCUGUGAUGUGUCCUGCAAGACGUGCUUUGGGCCUCAGUCUCUGGACUGCUCUUCAUGUUUUACAGGUUGGCUCCUGGACCAGGAGGGCUCCUGUGUGGAACACUGCCCCUCGGGCUACUUCGCCCAUCCCGAGACCCAGCUGUGUGAAGAGUGCUCCCCCACCUGUGAGAGGUGUGAGGAGACCAGGGACAAGUGUGUCAGCUGCAAGAAGGGCAAAUACAGGCUACUCCUUCACGAAGGGACGUGCUGGUCAAAUUGCCCAGAGUAA